UGGGGGGACGGAGUGAGCAGCAGGCACCCCAAGCCGAAGGAAGCCGGGCUCUGUGAAGCCAUGAUUCGCAGACUGCUGCGUCUUGGCUUGGGCGCAGGCCUCCCAAACCGGGGGCUACGCACACGCAGAGGAGGCUUUACUCUGGACUGGGAUGCAACGGUGUUUGACUUUAAGAAGAAGAUUGAGUCCAUCGUGCCUGGAAAACAGUGGGAAAUGCUGUAUGACACCAGCCACCUGCCCCCAGAACGGUCGGAUGUGGUCAUCAUAGGAGGUGGGAUUCUUGGUCUGUCUGUGGCCUACUGGCUGAAGAAGCUGGAGAGUAGACGAGGUGCCAUCCGGGUGCUGGUGGUGGAACAAGACCACACGUAUUCACGGGCUUCCUCCACAGGGCCUUCUGUGGGCGGGAUUUGGCAGCAGUUUUCCAUGCCUGAGAAUGUCCAACUCUCACGCUUUUCAAUCGACUUUCUACGGAACAUCAAUGAGCACCUGGCUGUGGUAGAUGCCCCUCCUGUGGAACUUCAGUUCAACCCCUCAGGCUGUCUCUUGUUAGCUUCAGAAAAGGAUGCCGCCACCUUGGAAAACAAUGUGAAAAUGCAAAGGCAGGAAGGAGCCAAAGUCUGUCUGAUGUCUCCUGAGCAGCUGCAGAACAAGUUUCCCUGGAUAAACGUAGAAGGAGUGGCUCUGGCAUCUUAUGGGUUGGAGGAUGAAGGUUGGUUUGAUGCCUGGUCUUUGCUCCAGGGUCUUCGUCGAAAGGUCCAGUCAAUGGGAGUCUUUUUCUGCCAGGGAGAGGUGACACGUUUCAUCACAUCAUCUAACCAAAUGGAGACCCCAACUGGGGAACAGGUGGUCUUGAGAAGGAUCAACACCAUCCAUGUGAAAAUGGACAAGAGCCUGGAGUACCAGCCAGUGGAAUGUGCUGUAGUGAUCAAUGCCGCAGGAGCCUGGUCUGGGAAAAUUGCAGAGCUGGCUGGUAUUGGGAAGGGACUUCCUGGCACCCUCCAGGGCACCAAGCUACCUGUGGAGCCAAGGAAAAGGUAUGUGCACUUAUGGCACUGCCCACAGGGACCGGGUCUGGAGACACCGUUGGUUGCAGACAUCGGUGGAGUCUAUUUCCGACGGGAAGGAUUGGGCAACAACUACCUAGGUGGCUGUAGCCCUACUGAGGAGGAAGAACCAGACCCAACAAAUCUGGAAGUGGACCAUGACUUCUUCCAGAACAAAGUGUGGCCCCAUUUGGUCCAGAGGGUGCCAUCUUUUAAGACUUUGGAGGUACAGAGUGCCUGGGCUGGCUAUUAUGACUACAACACUUUUGACCAGAAUGGCGUGGUGGGCCCCCACCCACUAGUUGUCAACAUGUACUUUGCUACGGGCUUCAGUGGUCGUGGACUCCAGCAUGCGCCUGGCAUCGGGCGUGCUGUGGCAGAAGUGAUGCUAGAGGGCGACUUUAAGACCAUCGACAUGAGCCCCUUCCUCUUCAACCGCUUUCACUUAGGAGAGAAGUUAGAGGAGUACAGCAUCCUCUGAGCGAGAACCUCUUCUCUGGGCCUCGCCAGCCCAGGCAUCAUCCUGUCUCACGUUGGCUUUGGUCUCUGCCCGAGUCUCCCCGGGACUGUGCCAGGGGUGCAUCCCCUUCCUCACCAUCCUUUACACCAGGCUUCGUCCCCAGUGUCUCUGGAAUGGAGUAAGCAUAGGCACAGAGACCCAGGCCAAUGGAAAGUGAUGAAGUAAGACCCUAGGUCUGAUUAUAGCCUAGGCUAAUUCACUCCCCAAACAGUUCAGCUGGCAUCCCAGGCAUGGUGCCCAGGACUGGCCUCCUUCCUGGUGCUGAUGCAGAGAAAUCUGACCAGAGCUAAGGCACAGAGCAUUUUAGGAUAGCCUGGCCCAAAUUUAUUGACUUGUCUAUUAACCUAUUUUUUAAUCAACAUAUGUAUGUGAUUAACCCCCUCCCUCUGGCCUUAUGUUCUUCCUACUUUUCUUCUCAUGGUAGAAGCUUUUGAAGUAUUGUGCCAUUAAAAAGGCAGCUCCAGGGACUGGAGAGAUGGUUAAGAGCACUGGCUGCUCUCCCAAAGGUUCUGAGUUCAAUUCCUAGCAACCACAUGGAAGCUCACAACCAACCAUCUGUAAUGGGAUCUGAUACCCGCUUCUAGUCUGUCCAAAGACAGCGACAGUGUACUCACAUACAUAAAAUAAAUAAUUUUUUUUUUUUUUUUUUUUAAAAAGGGCAGCCUUGUCCUCUUGGGCAUGUUUCUUAGAUCCUCUGUGGGAUGCAUCUUGUUUGCAAGCUAGUAUCCUCUGUUACCUGAGCUCUAAAGAAAUGGGACCAUUCAUCUAGUUAACUUCUAUAAAAGACCCAGCUUCUCGCUACCAACAUUCAGUCUAUAGCAGGAUUCAAAGUGGCUUUCUAAGUGGAUCAUGGAGCUUUGGGGGGAUAAGAAGAUAUGAAGCCAGGAUCUGAAGAACCAUGCUGAGAAUCUUGGAUUUCAUCUCAGCAGAAACCCAGAAGACUUUUAAAUAUGGAAGCAACAUGAUCAGGUUUUCCUUUUUAAUAUCUCCCUCUGGCUAGGGGUUUAGCCCAGUGGUAGAGUGCUUUCUUAGCAUGUGGACGGCCCUGGGUUUGGUCCUCAGCACCAGGACUAACACAGCAGAGGAUCUGGGGGAAGUCACUGGUUCCCUUGUAGACAACAGAGUCAGUUAGCAAAGCAGGAAGCAGGCUCUAGACAAAGGCUGUUUCAGUUUACUUAGCAGAAAACAGUCACGGCGGGAAGCACAUGGAGCAACGUGACCAUGGCAACAUGAAAUGGAGGCACUAUUACCCAGCUUUCUGGCUAAACAGCCAGAUGGGUACCAUGCUUUUUACCAAAAUGCCAGAGGGAAGAACAGCACAAUGAGUGGUCUGGUGUGAGACAAACUGAAAGGAAAGUGCCUGUGGGAGGUGUGAUGGGUGACUGGACUAACUGGGUGGGCAGUCUGAGUGUAGACAGGUGACAGAACAGCAUCAGCAAAGGAGAGCUGAUGUUAAAGUAUUAGGAACAACACAGAAAAGCCAGUAAUACGGAAUCAUGAAGACCAAGAAGUAGGCACCAGAAUGAAAUGUCACAUGCCAGCUGGGCUCAGCACCUAACAGGUCAAUGGUGACCAGGGACUGCAAUCUAAGGCACAGAUAGAGAAGUUACAGAAGAGAGUGAACUAGAGUAGAGCCUCCUGGGAAAAUGGCUCCUUCAUCAGAAGUCCUGUGGAGUGAAUAAAAAGUAAAAGAGGUAGACACCAUAUAGGGGAGGGGACAGAAGAGGAGAUGGGCCAGCUGGGAGAAUGAAGCCUGAGUGUGGUCUGAAGAGAGCCAGGAACGAGGCAGUAAGCAAAAGAAAAGUCCUCAGAAGGUAGUGCUGAAACAGUAGAAGGGUCUUGUCAGGAACAGAGUGGACAGGCCGUAGGCUAAAGAGAUAGGUCAGAGAAUUGCUUAGCCCUGGAUUAUAGCGGUACCCUGUAGCAGAAUUUUGACAGAACCUUUGCAUCUGCCAUGAAUCCGUAAUGAUGGCAUGUAAGCUUUGAAGUAGCCUUUUGUCAGUGAUUGUUAUCUGCUAUCUGUAUGGGGUUAUUCCUUUGAAGGUUUCCCAGAGCUUUUGCAUAUCAUAGUCGGGAGAUAGGGCUGGCAAACCAGGACAUCGCUCAUGGCUGAGAAUUGCUUAGGCAAUAGUUCUUUCAAGAGAGUCCCUAAAUCAGAUAAGAAGUUUCAGCAUGUGGAAAUUGACUUGCUAAAGGUGCCUUUUAUGUAACAAUAAAGGGAACUUCAAGGCAGCUGUUGGGGUCAAUCCCACAGAGACUUCCCCCUGCUGCUAAGAAGCCUGAAUUCAU